AUGGCUGGAGGAGGAAUUGCUCCAAAUUCAGGUGGAAAAGCCUACCCUGGCAAGCUCACUUGCAGGGUCUUCGGAACAUGUGUUCUUGCUGCUUUUGGUGGUCUAAUCUUUGGUUAUGAUCUCGGCAUAUCAGGUGGUGUGACAUCAAUGGAUUCGUUCUUGAAGAAGUUCUUUCCAGAUAUUUACAAGAAGGAGAUAUCAAUGCUUCCAUCAGACAAUCAGUACUGCAAGUUUGAUAGCCAGAAAUUGACAUUGUUCACAUCUUCUCUCUACUUGGCUGCUCUGUUUUCUUCCAUGGUAGCAUCCACUGUCACUAGAUUGCUGGGAAGACGCUUUACUAUGGUGUCUGCUGGUAUUCUCUUCUUCAUCGGUGGAUUAAUCAAUGCCGUGGCAUUCAACGUCUGGAUGCUCUACAUUGGUCGUGUCUUCCUUGGUUUCGGGAUCGGUUGCGCCAAUCAGUCGGUGCCAAUCUAUGUGUCCGAGAUGGCACCGUAUAAGUACAGAGGAUCGCUCAACAUUAUGUUCCAGCUCUGCAUCACAAUUGGGAUCUUGGCCGCCAAUGUGUUGAACUACUUCUUUGCUCAGAUGUCUGAUUAUGGAUGGCGUUUGGGUUUAGGAGGUGCAAUGGUGCCUGCCAUUAUACUCACUCUAGGCUCCAUUUUCCUUCCUGACACACCAAACUCAUUGAUUGAGCGCGGCAAGAGAGACGAUGCCAAACAUAUGCUUCUAAAAAUCAGAGGUACUGACAAUGUUGAUGAGGAAUUCGACGAUCUGGUUGCGGCCAGCGACAGGUCCAGGAAAGUUAAGCACCCAUGGAAGAACAUCUUCCAGAGGAAAUACAGGCCUCAGCUCACGUUUGCAAUUUGUAUUCCACUCUUUCAACAACUUACUGGCAACAAUGUCUAUGUGUUUUAUGCACCUGUUUUGUUCAAAACUAUGGGGUUUGGAAGCAGUGCUUCUCUCAUGUCUGCUGUGAUUACUAAUGGAGUUAAUUUCCUCGCCACCGUAGUUUCAAUCAUAGGUGUCGAUAGCUGGGGACGAAGAACCCUUUUCCUUGAAGGAGGAUUUCAAAUGUUCAUUUGCCAGUGUAUCAUCACGGCUGCAAUUUCUUGGAAAUUCGGGCUCGAUGGAAACCCUGGUGUGUUGCCCCAUUGGUAUGCUUACGGUGUGGUUGCAGUUAUUUGUAUCUACGUUGCUGGGUUCGCGUGGUCAUGGGGACCAUUGGGAUGGUUAGUUCCUAGUGAAAUCUUCCCACUUGAGAUCAGAUCAGCAGCACAAAGUAUCAAUGUUGGAGUGAACAUGUUGUUGACAUUCGCGAUCGCUCAAGUCUCGACUGCCAUGCUUUGUCACAUGAAGUUUGGUCUGUUUAUCUUCUUUGCUUGCUGGGUGUUGAUCAUGAGCUGGUUUAUCAAGAAGUUUUUGCCGGAGACUAAGGGAGUGCCUAUCGAAGAAAUGACUAUUGUGUGGCAGAAACAUCCUUACUGGAGUAAGUUUGUUGGGAAAUAUGAAGAAACUAUUGAGAUCAGUGAGAAGAAGGUAUCUGCAGAUGUCUAAAAUAAAAUAUUUUUCCUGAUUUAGUAUUGUUUUUUUUGUCUCUUUUGUUUCAAAUUUCAAUUUGAUGAUCUUGCCGGGACAUGUAAUUGGCAUCGAUCAUCUGUUUGUUUGCAAGAAUUGCAGUAAUUCUAGCGUCUGUUGAGAAUUUUUUUUCGAGUUUUUCAUCUA